CCCUCCUCCGCCAUGUGAUGACGGACAGACUGUAUCACCGGAGCGAUGCUUGAAGUCACUCUCAUCAGCAACAAAGCGAAGCAACAGCAGCAGCAGCACUGACGUAAACCAUCCACCACAUCACCGGAAUCAUACGGACCAGGACCGACACCAUAUCGUCUCCUCCGCAGGACGUAUAGGAUGGAAACGGAGCGCUGAGAGAGACUGGGAUCGUGAUGAUGCUCGGACUCCAAUUCACGGCAACAUUUGAAAUGCGCGUUAAAUGGAGACUCAUGACAAGAGAUGCUGCAGGGUGCCGCAUUGCCUGGCCGCUUGAUGAUGGUAGGAUAGAGCAGCGCUUUUAACCGUGAUGCUCGUUCUUAGAUGCUUUCGGGGUGGGAUUUGUAGUCGAUUGAAUGCCUCAGAUUUGAUCAUACGCAAACUAAGACGAUUUCAGCCUGCUUAAGCCAUAUAUGCAUACACAUAUACAAUCGAUGAGCACGACCAGAUGAAUGUGAAUUUACGUUGCAGAACAAGCAUUAAUAAACCCACAAUACAGGUGAACUCAGAAGGAGUAUAUGAGGUGAACUAACAGUGUCGUAGCUUACACUCAGGAUCAUCUCCGAAGUCAGGUUUUUAUUUGCAAGCACUGCAGUGAUAGGGCUCUUUAUGAUUGAUAUUUUCAUCAUCAGUUAGGUAAUAUACAGUGAUAGUAUAUACAGUCAGUCUUGGUUCAGUGCAAGGACAAUGACUCAUUUACAGGCAGGCCUGUCUCCAGAAACCCUGGAGAAAGCCAAGGUGGAGUUAAAGGAGAACCCCGACACUUUGCAUCAGGACAUACAGGAGGUUAGGGACAUGAUCAUCACCCGUCCAGACAUUGGCUUUCUCAGGACAGAUGAUGCUUUCAUCCUGCGCUUUCUUAGAGCCCGGAAAUUUAACCAUUUCGAGGCCUUCCGCCUCCUGGCCCAGUACUUUGAGUACCGGCAACAGAACCUUGAUAUGUUCAAGAACCUCAAGGCCACCGAUCCGGGGAUCAAGCAGGCUCUGAAGGAUGGAUUUCCUGGGGUUCUGUCCAAUUUGGAUAGAUACGGGAGGAAGAUUCUGGUUCUGUUCGCGGCGAACUGGGAUCAGAGCAGGUACACUUUUGUGGAUAUUCUGCGAGCUAUUUUACUUUCUCUGGAGGCAAUGAUAGAAGACCCCGAGCUACAAGUAAAUGGAUUUGUCUUGAUCAUUGACUGGAGUAACUUCACUUUCAAGCAAGCUUCCAAGUUAACUCCAAGCAUGCUGAGAUUGGCAAUUGAGGGCCUGCAGGAUAGCUUUCCAGCAAGGUUUGGAGGGAUUCAUUUUGUCAACCAACCUUGGUACAUCCACGCUUUGUACACAGUCAUCCGGCCUUUCCUCAAGGACAAAACAAGAAAAAGGAUUUUCAUGCAUGGAAACAAUCUGAACAGCUUGCACCAGCUGAUCUUGCCUGAGAUUCUGCCGUCUGAGCUGGGUGGCAUGCUGCCUCCUUACGACAUGGGCACCUGGGCCAGAACGUUGCUGAACCAUGCGUAUGACGAAGAGACGGACUACUGCCCUGAAUCCUAUACCUUGUCUGUCAAAGACCUGGAGAAAGAUCUGUCCCCCAAAACUAUGAAAAGGUCCCAGUCUGUGGUGGAACCAGGUGUCCUGAAACGACCAGAGACAGUGAAAAGCGAAGAAGAAAACAUGCAGCCGCUGCUUUCUCUGGACUAAAGGCUCUUAAUUCCCCAGGCAACGAGGAAAUGUCAAGCCCCGUAUGCUGGGGAGGAGCGCACCUUGUUCCUAUAACACGAGAGAAAAAAAAUACAAAGAAAGGAAAUGUUAAAAAGCGAAAGAACACACGAACAGCCUCCGGGAACUCUGCAGAGAGCUGCCGGUUUAAAUGAUAUUUUUGAAGCAGAGAGCUAACGGCGGACGUCCGUAUGUAAUUGUCAAGUGCCAAUUCAAAUCUGUAAAUGCUCUUCAGUUCUAGACGUGAGAUUGAGGGAGUAAUUGUGACAUGAACCUGUAAAGACUGCUGUGAAUAUCCUGUGUGUGCUUC